AUGCCGCCCCUGCAAAUACGGGACUACAGCUGGCAACAGACCGAGUCCGCCGUGUACCUCUCUUUGCCACUCCGAGGCGUCCGGCCUGGCAACGCCGACAUCUUCUGUACGGAAAAUUACCUCAAGGUCAAUUAUCCUCCAUUUUUAUUUGAAGCAUUUCUUUAUGCUCCCAUAGAUGAUAUUAACAGCAGAGCCAAAAUUGGGAAUGAUGCCAUUGUUUUCACAUUGUUUAAAAAAGAAAUUGGAAUGUGGGAAGCCCUUUCUUUGGCAAGUGUUGACAAAGAGAUGAUGCAAAGAAUAAGAGAAAAAUCUGUUUUACAAGCACAAGCAAAGGCAAAAGAACUGACGGAAGCAAAAGCUGUUGCAAAACGAGAAGAUGAAAGAUAUGCUUUGAAGACAAUGAUGGAGAUUGAAGAAAAUGAGCGGAAAAAAAUUGAAGAUUUGAAAGAAAAUGAGAGGGAAAAAGCAACUAAGGAACUGGAGGCUUGGAAGGAACAGCAAAGAAAUGCUACUGUUAAAGAAGAAAAGAUACAAAGAGAAAUAAAAAUGUGUCAACAGAAGAAGCAAAUAGAAAAAGAGAGAAAGAAAUCGAAAGAUGAAAAGGCAAUUAACCAUAUAAAAAGCAUGAAGUCUCAAAAUGCUACAAAAGGAAGCAAUGCAAAAACUAUAUUUUCUGAGACAUUAAAAGAUGACUGUGUUCCUGCUCCUCGAUCCAUUGGCAAUAUUAAAAUCCAGUUUACCCCUCGAGUUUUCCCAACUGCUCUCAGAGAAUCUCAAGUAGCAGAAGAAGAAGAGUGGUUACAUAAACAGGCAGAGGCACGAAGAAUAAUGAAUGAAGAUAUUCCUGAACUCCAUGAUUUAAAAGAAGAGGAAAAGAAUCCAGAAUGGUUGAAGGACAAAGGAAACAAAUUGUUUGGAACAGAAAACUACCUGGCAGCCAUUAAUGCUUAUAACCUGGCAAUUCGAUUGAACAACAAGAUUCCUUCCUUGUAUCUGAAUCGUGCUGCUUGUCACCUCAAACUUAAAAAUUUACACAAGACAAUUGAGGAUUCUUCCAAGGCCCUGGAAUUACUUACACCACAUGUUGCAGACAAUGCAAACGCAAGAAUGAAAGCUCAUGUGAGGCGUGGAACAGCAUUCUGCCAACUAGAGUUAUAUGUAGAAGGUUUACAGGAUUAUGAAGCAGCACUUAAGAUUGACCCAUCCAACAAAAUUGUACAAAAAGAUGCUGAGAAGAUUCGGAAUAUAAUCCAAGGAACUGAACUAGAAUAA